AAAAAAAAAAAGGAAGGAAAAGAAAUAGGCACCCAGGGCACUUAUGAUCAGCUCAGUUUGCGUGUCAUCUUUCCGCGGGCGCAAGUCUGGAAAUAAGCCUCCUUCCAAGUCAUGUUUGAAAGGAGAUAUGGGCAAAAACGAGGACAGCGACAAAAUUGUCAUUAAUGUUGGGGGCAUCAGGCAUGAGACCUACAGGAGUACCCUCAAAACCCUGCCAGGUACCAGACUGUCCUGGCUCACCGAGCCUGAUGCCUUUAGUAACUUUGAUUAUGACCCCAAAACAGACGAGUUCUUCUUUGACAGGCACCCUCAAGUCUUUGCCUAUGUCUUGAACUACUAUAGGACUGGGAAGCUGCACUGUCCCGCCGAUGUGUGCGGACCCCUGUAUGAGGAAGAGUUGGCCUUUUGGGGGAUUGAUGAGACUGAUGUGGAGGCAUGUUGUUGGAUGAAUUACAGGCAGCACAGGGACGCAGAGGAAGCCCUGGAUAGCUUUGAGACUCCAGAACCCACCGAGGAGGAAGAGGAUGGAGAUCUGAAAAGGCUCUGUCUCCAAGAAGAUGGCAGGAAGCUGGGCAGGUGGAAGAGAUUGCAGCCGAAAGUAUGGGCUCUGUUUGAGGAUCCCUACUCUUCAAAAGCUGCCAGGUAUAUCGCCUUUGCUUCCCUAUUCUUCAUACUCAUCUCCAUCACAACGUUCUGCCUUGAGACCCAUGAGGCAUUUAAUGAUGUCAACAACAAGACUGAGGUCUUCACGCAAGGCAACAUCACUAGGACGGAGACCAUAUUGGAAAUGGAGACUGAGCCUUUUCUCACUUACGUAGAAGGCAUUUGUGUGAUAUGGUUCACUUUUGAGUUUCUAAUACGUGUUAUUUUCUGCCCAGAUAAAAUGGAGUUCAUUAAAAGCAGCUUAAACAUUAUAGACUUUGUGGCCAUUUUGCCCUUCUACUUGGAAAUUGGCUUGAGUGGCUUGUCUUCCAAAGCAGCCAAGGAUGUUCUCGGGUUCCUUCGGGUUGUGCGAUUCGUUAGGAUCCUGAGAAUCUUUAAGCUCACUCGCCAUUUUGUUGGGCUCAGGGUUCUUGGCCACACUCUACGAGCCAGUACAAAUGAGUUUCUCCUUCUUAUCAUAUUCUUGGCACUUGGAGUUUUAAUCUUCGCAACCAUGAUAUACUACGCAGAAAGGAUCGGUGCUGCCCCAGAUGACAUCACUGGAAGUAAGCACACCGACUUCAAAAACAUCCCAAUAGGGUUUUGGUGGGCCGUUGUAACCAUGACAACUUUGGGAUAUGGGGACAUGUACCCAGUGACUUGGUCCGGCAUGUUGGUGGGUGCUCUUUGUGCUUUGGCAGGUGUGCUAACUAUUGCUAUGCCAGUCCCUGUUAUUGUCAACAAUUUUGGAAUGUACUACUCCCUUGCUAUGGCUAAGCAAAAGCUACCAAAGAAAAAGAAUAAACAUAUUCCCCGACCUCCUCAACCUGGAUCACCCAAUUACUGUAAACCAGACUUGCAGUCUCCACAUAGAAGUGCUCAAGGAGAUGCCUGCCCUUUAGCUCAGGAGGAAAUCAUUGAGAUCAACAGAGCAGACUCCAAGCAGAAUGGGGAUGCUGCAAAUGCUGCACUGGCCAAUGAAGAUUGCCCUACUAUAGAUCAGGCUCUGUCACCAGAGGAAAAGUCACCCGUCACGCCUGGUGGGAGGGAGAGAUAUAAUCGCGAUCGUGCUUGCUUCCUGUUGUCCACCGGAGACUUUGCACAUUCCCCAGAUGGCAACAUUCGCAAAGCUGUCAACGCCUGCACUCCAUCACCUCAGCACGACGACUGGUACAAACAAGACGUUGACCUGCUGCAUGACCUCAAUGCCAAUGCUGCUUCUUGGAUCAAGCAGUAGGAUGCAUGAUGCCUUAGGGCUCUGAUCAAUCAUUGAAGUUGAUUUAUACUUUUCAAACCCUACAUUUGAGGCAAGUCAGGUCCCUCAAUGGCUGUGAAACUGUUGCUGUGUGCAGCUUGCCCAAAACAACACAUAAUGGCGGUGGGACAGGUUGGGUAGAUGUCAGUACUGUGAGCACUGUGUAUUCUUCCCAUAUGCCUCAUACUUUGUUGGGUUAGAGAUCCAAAAUAGCAACAUAUAUUUGCUCCUCACCUGUACCAGAACUUCAUUCUUAUACAGUACCUUGACAAUUGUACCAAUGGAGCAGGGGUUUUGCCAAAUAAUUUGCGUUGCAAUAUUUGUUGCGCGCCCCAAGAGAUGCACAGGAUUUAAAAAUACUUUAAAAAAGAUCCUGAAACAAAUUUCAGAAGCAAUUUACCAUUCAUUUAUUAAACAUUAGGGUAAAGUAAAUAUGACAUAGGUAGUGGAAUAAGGCAGAGCAGAUUCCAGUAGUAUAGAAAGAAUCCCUGGGGACUGCAUGUACAUUGCUGUGAUUGGCAGCUCCUUCUUAAAGCAUUCUUUUAUAUCCCCAAUGGCCUUGGUCUGCUUAGUGUCUUCAUGUUUCAUGAAAGCAUCCCUGGAUAGCAAAAAGUCACAUCUGAAUAUGAAAUAACACAAGACCUAUCCUUGCCUUUGUAAGGUAGUGUGUAUCUUAGCUGAAGGCCCUUUAACUUUUUGCUGAAGAUCUUCAUGAACAUUGAGUUCAAGUAGUGGGGGAAUAGCACACAGACUGUAACUAAAAUCACAGCUUUCCUUGAAAUUAUGGAAUAUCGCCAUGCAUGCACAUCAGUGAGCAGAAAUGGAGGAUGCUAGUCAGGUUACUCUCUCAGUAUGUGGAGGCUGCAUGUGUUCACAGUAAAACAAAUCCAAUCAGCCCGCCUCCAUUAUGCCCUGCUACUAGAUCCAUGUUUGCAUAUUUGUAGUUGCAGGGGGUGAUGUUCCAUAAGCUCCUGUGUUGGUUUCAUUGCAUAUUCCAUAGACUCCAUUCUAAGCGGUAGCAUUUGCAACAUGGUCAGUGUGAGUAUGUCUGCCCAUGGCUUUAAUGCUGGGGUACAAAACUGUAAGCCUCUCAAGAUCCAUAUGAGCUAGUUAUUAUAUUUAUCCUGGGUAUUCCCUAAAUAGGAAAUUCUUUAGACUUUUAUGGCCCUUGAUUGGCUUAUGUGUGCCGCCGCUGCUGCUGCAUGUUUGCUUCUUCUCCAUGCUUUCUUUCCCUUGAGGUAGCUCUGAGCAAAGCUAAACCCUGAGAAACAUGUUAUAUUUUAUAAAACAGCUCAGACUCCUGAUCUUAAGAAUCAGCAGCAGUACAUUAAAUAGCAGAGGAAUGGUGGCGGAGUGUACUUUGCCAGUGGUUGAGAUGAGACAAUAUAUUGGAACCAGAUUGAGGGUUUACAGUGCUUUACAAUUAAAGGCGUAUUUGCUAAAUGAUAUGUAGAAAUAGAGACAUGUUUUCAUUUUAAACACAUGGUGCAAAGACAGUUUGGGUGCAGUUUCCAUGAUCAUUUUGAUGGCAUAAAAUAUGCUCCUACAAUAGAUAAUAGUAAAUUAAAGGUGUUACCUGAUUCAUUCAAGUGAAUCUUGGGUUGUGAAGAGGGUUUCCCAAGGUUGGCUCCUCUCACUAAAAAAUGGUUUGAAAAAUAACUGAUUUAAAAAUAAAGUUUACAGUUUAGUAGAACUGGAACAAAGUCUGCACCUGUAACAAUAAUAAUUCCUUUGAAGGUUAUGCAAUGAAAGGUUCAAAGUUUGCUACUGGUCUAGUAUCCCAUAGCAACCAAUCAUCAGGGAGCAUUUGCUGGCCAACUGUUUGGUGGACCAGGGCAAACAGCACCUUUAUUUUGUCACCAGGAUAAAGUGAACUUUCUGUAUAAUGGAUCUGAUUAAGGCUUUUAAUCAUGUUAGAAAAUAUAUUUGUACUUGGCUUGCUUGGUAAAUGACUCGGAAUGCCUUAUGUUUUGCAUCUCUGAUCAGAGCAAAUGUCUAAUUUUUACUCUAAGCCAGAAUUGUUCAUCCGGUGUCCCUGCAGCUGCUGCUGAACUGCCACUUCCAUUCCUGGAAUGCUGGGAGUUGUAGUGUAACAACAGCUGGAGGGCCACUUGUCAGACAUCCUGCUCUAAAUAAAAUCUCAGGGUUCCCAUUACUUUGAACCACACAGGUGGUUGGUUGAUAUACAGAACUAUAGCCACAAAACUGGAACAAGCUGAGAUUAGCCAAAACACCGGACUUGAGUUAGAGAAUCAGGCCCCUGGGUAAUACACAAAUAAUGUGGCCCAAUCCAAUUCCUCUUCGCUAAUUAUUGUUUUACAAAUCUCUAUGACAGAACCCCAUUAGGGAGGGCAUGGGGAGAGUUAAAGUACAAUGCUUAGGAGGCAGCAGGUUGGACGUCUAUUUACCUACCCUCUGCUAUUUUUUUUUAAACCUUAAACCAACUAUGGCACUAAAAUAACAGUACCAAUUUUGGGUUACCUGUAUCCCUAUGAUAUAAAGAUAUUAAACAAGCUGGUAUUUUGGUUAAUCUCAGCCCAGUUUUGAAGCUCUUGUCCACCAUGGCCCCUGAAUUUAAUUCUAGCUUUCUAAUGUGCGUCCACCAUUUCUUGUAGUGGUGGAAUGGCCAGUAAUUAAAUGUUAUUAGGUAUUCAAUUCAACUGCUUGUGCUGCUACCGUUGAUCUGUUUGCAUGGAGCUAUCUUUGUUAUUUAACUGUGCUUUGGCUGCUCAGAGGCAUCACAGCUCAUACAUAUCUCUCCUAACCAACAACCCACAGGGCUACACAGCUUGGUUCUUCUAAUUGCAGACAAAAAACAGAAUAAUUAUUUGUUGAAAAAAAUCUUCUAGAAUAUGAAAUUCUUAUUUAUUAAUAUCAUUCCAAUGAUACAUCAAAUGAAAAAAGAAUAACCAAGAAAAAUGAAAGUGCAUUAGUUUGCAUUGUUUUCACAUGCCCAAGAGACAGCCAUUUAUCCAUUGGUAUUGUCCUAUUGUCCAAACUAAUACCCAACCCCCUACCCCCAGCAGAUGGGCCACAAGCUAAACACCCCUGAUUAAUGGUCUAUAGAAUAUUUUCACUAGUGUAUGGCAACUACAAAUUAAGGAGUGUCUCUCCAGCUACAUGGUGCAGAAGCACGAGGUACAUUUUAGUAUAACUGAGUUAUUCUUAGAGAAAUAGGGUCCUGGUUUUUACCACCCAUCAGGGAGACAAGUGGUGAAGGAGGCAAGCAGUGUUCAUCCUUUUCUAAUACAGAACCUCUUGGAUGGUACUUUAUGGCCACCCAACUAGGUAGCACUAACGUCACUUAUAAUACUCAUUGUGGUUCUCCUUCCACUCAUGCAGAUCACCUCUGGCUGGAACAUAAUGGCCACCCAACUAAGAAGUACUUACAUCACGUAUAAUACUCUUUGUGGUUCCCCUGCCGCUCAUGCAGAUCAUCUCUGUCCUGCAGAGGCAGCAUUCCUGGUCCCUUUUCACUUGAAGUCUCUAUGCUAAGGAAUCCAGAAGGUUUCAACUGUGAAGACCACAUGUCCAUAGAAAGGUUUAGGCAUCUGAAUGCAAAGCUGCAUAUAAGAUAUGGCAGACGUCAGCUUAAAUUGCUUGGCAACAAAAUUCAGUAGUGUUUUAGAAAAUAACUAUUCUCCACCAAAAAUGAAUUUCCAUGAGAAGUCACUAAGACCCAUAAAGAAUUUUAGGCUAAUGAUAAAUAAAAGAUGAAAGUAUGAGCAUUGCAUACGUCCUUAUGAGACCAAUAAAAAGACCAUGUAGGCACACAUAUCAAAUGUGGAAAGAUAUGCGGCUUGUUCUGUCUCUGAGUAGCCAUUUUUUUGGCUGUUAUUGUAUGAAUUAAGUAGCCCAGACCACAAGUUCUGGACAAAAGAAACUUGCACUUCAUAAUCUUUUUUUUUCUUUUUCAUUUA